AUUCAACCGUAAAAGUGCAUAGUACACGUAAAAAGACUUCCGGAAAAUUUCCUCGAAGUUAUUUUCUUCUAUUAUUUUUAUAUUUUGUAUAAAAUUAAUAUUUUGCCGAGGUGAAAUUUGCUAAAUUGUAUUUUUAUAGCUGGAACAGCAAAUUCAGCAUGCCCCGCCAAAUCUUCUGAAAAAUGGUUUAGCCCUAGAGGUUACCGGAAGUUGUUUCAGCUGCCAUGUUUGGUUGCUUUGUUGUAGGCUUCUACCAGGUUUCCUACAGAAUCAGUAAGUGUGGAAAUGGAGCCGAGCUGGAGUACGUUUCUCUUCCAACAGGCCAAUGAAGCCCUCCACCACCAGCACCAGGUCGCCCAGAAUAGCCUGCUGCCACUACUUAAUGCAGGAGCUGAGCAAGUCGACCAGAAGCCUAUACUACCCAUCCAGCUAGACCAGAAGCCACCUGUCAGUGCCGCUGAACUCCUCAAAGACAAUGUGGCCAGCGGAACAGGACAACGGCCGCCGGUGCCUGUAAUAAAGAAGGAGCACAAAGGCAAAACGCCGUUUGUCUGUGGAUACUGUAACAAGGCCUUCCGUGACAGCUACCACCUGAGACGCCAUGAGUCCAGUCACACCGGCAUCAAGAUGGUGCCUCGCCCCAAGAAGACGGCCCAAACGGCCCCCACCAUGGUACCCAUGAUUCCUUCCAUGCCCAGAGAGAACAAUGGCAACUCUUCCUACAUCUCCACAGUAGCAGGCAUGCUCUCUACGGCGACCACCUCAGUCUCGUCUGGCACCAGUAUCAUGACGUCGCCCGCAAUGGGCAACAUGCCACAGCAAAACGUCCCGAAGAAGCCCGCCAAGCCUGUCAAGAAGAACCACGGCUGUGAGAUGUGCGGGAAGGCUUUUCGCGACGUCUACCACCUGAACCGCCACAAGCUGUCCCAUUCGGACGAGAAGCCGUUCGAGUGUCCAAUCUGCCAGCAACGCUUUAAACGGAAGGACCGGAUGACCUACCAUGUCCGCUCUCACGACGGCGGCGUCCACAAGCCUUACGUGUGUUCUGUGUGCGGGAAGGGCUUUUCAAGGCCAGACCAUUUGAGCUGCCAUGUGAAGCAUGUUCAUUCCUCAGAAAGGCCGUUCAAGUGUCAAGUAACGGCCUGUACCUCUGCUUUCGCCACCAAAGACAGACUCCGCUCCCACAUGAUCCGGCAUGAAGGCAAAGUUACCUGCAGCAUCUGUGGAAAGAUGCUCAGUGCGGCCUAUAUCACCAGUCAUUUGAAAACUCACGGACAGACCAACUUUAACUCCUGUAACAAAGAUGCUAAUGAAAACUGCAACUCUUCCUCAGCUACACCUGUGACCGUUUCCGCCCCCAACACCUCAACGAUGAACAGGGGCAACGCGAACAACAACAACCCCGUCACCAUCGCCGCACAAAUGAACAUUAGCACCAACACCGUCAACAUCACGUCUCCGGUCAGCCUGCAGCACCCGGUCACCAUCACCGGCCCCGUCAACAUCGCGUCGGUGAACAUCCCCGCCACGGCGCCGAUGAAUAUCGCCCACCCGGUGGCAAUAACGACCCCCAUGCCUAUGAAUAUCGCCGGCCCCCUGAACAUCGCAAUGAGGCCGGUGGAUAGCAUGCCUUUUCUGUCCCAAGUCUUGCCUUCCUCCCCUCCUUGGUAGAACAAAAAAAAACGACGAUAUAAAGUGAGUUGGUGUCGAACUGGCGAGAAAGAAAAGGGAAAAUGAAGUGUAACGUAUCUGCACCUCGACUACAGCUCCAACCCCCCAACCCCAAACAAUGUUCACUUCAUCAAACACGAAGUGAAUGUUUACACGAGCUGCGAGGCCGCUAGGAACUCCCCAAGUCCUAAUUACGUCCCAUUUAGGGUCGAGUGACUGGCACGCCGUGCAGGACACUCGAGUAGUAUUCGAAUAGGAAAUCAGGACAGCUUAAGACUUAGUGUAGUCGGUUAGAAUGAUAAAGCUGUGAGUUGUAUCAAGACAAACGAGAGUACGCGAUCCCCUCAACAUGCUUGAGGACACUACACAGAAAAAUCCCCCGUGUCUUUGAGGGGAGAUGUGUGAAAUGGACUGAAGCAAUAAAAGAUGAGUUGCUGUUUCUGAGGUUUUACAAGUUCUCCCCAAAACCUCUGGGUGUUAUUUUGUAUGUACUUCUUUUUUGUUUUGUUUUUUUGUUUUUAACAAUAGCUUGCUAAUCACUAUUUAAUGUUAUAGAAAAUGAGUCUAGUUAAAGGGACAUCAACUUCCAUUUGCAUGGAAGAUUAUUUUUUCACAAUGUUAUAGCAUUUCGUUUUGUUUUUUUCUCCUCUCAGAUACUAGCGUUUGAGGUACAGCGACUAACUUGUACAGUUGACAUAGUAAUGUAUUUUUCACGUCAGCAUUUUAUUUUUUUAUGUUUUUGCAUUCGAGCAGACAACUGGAUACUGUCCUCUCGACUAUAAAAUAUUUGUUUUUUUAUUUUUUACAUUUUAGUGUUUCUUUUUUCCAUGAAGUCCGAGUGAGUCUUGCACUGAAGGCAUAUCCUACAUGCAGGUGUACAGCAGUAUUAUCAAAGAUCAAAUGGAGUCUUGAAGUGUUUGGGGUGGGAGUGAACCAGCCUGCACUUGAGCGCCAUCUAGUGGCUGAGCGUUGUAAAAGUCUGGCCUUAUAGUAAAGCUUUACAGGCUGUUGAUAUCAUAAGAUGACUAAAUAGAUUUAGCCAACUCUUUGUUACACUGUUUUUGAUUCAUUAUGAUUAUUUAUCUGUUAUAGCCCCAAGGUUAUACUAUGGACCUUUCACUCAGGAAACUCACACAAAACCAUGUUUUACAUCAAUUUGAGGAGCAUUUGGCAUUGACAAAACUAAAAAAUAAAUAAUUGUUCCUAACCGCCGUCCAUAGAAAACAAUCAUUGUACUGUACAAUGAAUUCAAUGCUGUACAUGUUUGUUUUGCUUUAUUUGAUGUUUUGCAUUUCCUUUUAAAAUUUGUCUGCAAAGAGAGCAACUUUGCUAAAAUGCCAGUCUGUCCAUUAAGAAGAAAAAAACAAUAAAGAAGAUGGAAGGAGGUUGCAUGACCCUGAACACUGUAGCUGUUGAACAUUAACUAUUUUUUUAAAACGAAUGCUAUGUUAUCUCAGUAGUGUUGCAGCUGAUCCAGUUUAUACUGAGAAAUGCAAUAUGCAUGUUUGUCAUUUUUCCCAUUUUUUUAAAAGAAAAAGUUAGUGUAGCGUUGUUUUUUUUUUAUUUUUAAUUUUUAUUAUUUUUAUGCAUUUACGUAGAUAUUCUAUGAUAGCCUGUUUGCCAAAUUGAAAUCGGUAAAUGUGAUAACCUGAAUAUUUCUUGUGGAAUUAAACAUCUCUUAUUUUUAACUACAAUGGUCAAAAUUGGAAAAAUACCAGGACCCUCGUGAAAAGCAGUUGAAUGUAUAUCUUUGUACAAAAUUAUUUUAGUUCCAAGGAUAAGGUAGUCAAAAAUAGAUGUGAAAGAUAAGAUAACCUUUUUUUAUAAAUCUUUUGUAUUAGAACAAUAACGUUGAUAAUUUUGUAUAUAUGAGAAGCUAGGCUUUCUGAGUAGCAGAAAGGUCAAACAUUCCUACAUUUUUUUUAAAUGUACGUUUGUCAAAUUAUUAAACAUGCGCAAUGUUAUGUGCCUUUUAUUUGGGUUGUCUAAAUAAAAGAAAAUUAUCAAA